AUGGCUUUUCGCCUGACGAGAAAUUCUAGCAACAGAAAAAUCAGAAAACCAGAAGAAGUUGAAUGCAUAGGCGUCCAAAAACGACUGAAGGAAUACUUCUUCAUAUUUUCAGUGCGCUGGAAUGACGAGUCAAAGUUGACCAUUUUCAGAAGCUGGCACGAAACUCAUGAUUUAGCCAAACAAAUCAAAAAUGAAACGGUUUCAAAAUCGGAGCCAUUCGAAGUUGCCAAGGAGCUGGAAAAAAUUGUCAAACCGCCGGGUUGCUUGAAUUUUGCGAAGAGGAGUGCUUACGAUGUUUGCGAAAAACUUCAAGAAAUUUUGACACCGAAGUUCCCAAUCAACCUUUUUCAUUCAUCCUUCGCCCUUGAUUUUUUCCACCUUACUCCCGAAGAUCGCAACAGCGCCGCCUACAGAAACUUCACUUCCUUCCAUAUCGUGAAAGAAUCGAGCCAAAAGUCGAUAAAAAUCCGUCCAGCGACGAUGAUGGCGACCAAAACUUACAACGUCCGGGAGAGCUACAAAUGCAGCGAUGACUCAGCAGGAGAAGUCGAGAUUCACACUGGAGAAAAGAUAAGAGUUCUUAUCAAGAAACGCGAAGAAGAAGGAUGGGUGCCAGCUUCUCACAUUGAAUUUUCCAACAACACAAAAUCCAUGAAAAAGCUGCAAAAAUCGACGAACGAGACAUAUUUGAUGAUUGAGUCUCACAAGGCUGAAAAUGAUGAGGAGCUCUCUGUCCCAGCUAAUGCUACUGUUCAAGUGACUCAUACUUAUGCGAAUGGCUGGUGGAAAGUGCUGUAUUUGGAGGAAGAAGGGCUGGUUCCUCGGGCGAAAAUGCAAAAAUACGAAGCUCAAAAUCGAGCUGAUUUUAUUAACAGUCAAUAA